AUGAAAAGAUAUUUUAUGGCCGCAUCGCCAUUGCCCUCUCAAAGACAUCUCUACGCAACAUCACAUCAUGCGGCCAAAAUUGACAGUCCAGCAAAAUGCGUUACGUGUGGCGUCGCGCCGGAAUGCACAUUCCAGGAUGUGAUGUUUUCCAGAGAUGCUGACCAGUAUAUCUUGAGCUGUCGAGGGCCCGGGGUACCACGAGCCUUCCUCUCAUCGAUCUCUUCGAACAAUUCGUUAAGUAAUUUUCUACUGUGA